UUGCAGAAUAGCAACAUUCUUCUCGCUCAUGAUAUUUGCACUGAACUGAAAUAGUUCGAAAUUCAAACAUUGUUGUCGUUUUGACCGGAUUUGAAUUUUGUAUUGUAAUUUUGUAUUUUUACAGAAUUAUUUGGAGUAGCCUGUGUACGUUUUCACUUUUUCAUUUAUCGGGAACAUAUUCUGAUGUAAGUAGUCAUUCUGGAGAUAAAAAGAACAUUAAAUCAGAAUGACACUUCCUGAUUCUACUAACGAGUUCAAAUUAGAAGAAGCACCAGAAGAUCUUAUAUCUGCAGUGAAUUUUGGACCCUCUUCCAGCCAGUUUUUGCUUGCUUCAUCUUGGGAUUGUACAGUCCGUUUAUUCGAUGUUUCAAACAAUACAAAGCGUAUACAAUAUAAUCAUGAUGCUCCUGUGCUAGAUUGCUGUUUUCAAGAUCAACUUUAUGCUUGGAGUGGAGAUCUAAGUGGUCAGCUGAUGACCUUUGAUUUCAAUGGUUAUGAACAUCAGGGGAAAAAAGUGGGUUCUCAUGAUGCUGCCAUUAAAUGUGUCGAAUAUUGCCCUGAUAUCCAUGCUGUUAUCACUGGAAGUUGGGAUCAGACAGUUAAAUUGUGGGAUAUCAGAGCUCCUGAAACUCCAAAUACUUAUCGUGUUCCUGAUAAGGUGUAUACAAUGGCCAUAUGUGGUGAAAAACUCAUUGUAGGUACGGCGGGAAGGCGAAUUUUAGUUUAUGAUCUGAGAGCUAUGAAUUAUGUUGAACAACUUAGAGAAUCAAGUCUGAAAUAUCAGACCAGAUGUAUACGUGCUUUUCCAAAUAAGCAGGGAUAUGUUGUUAGUUCCAUAGAAGGUCGAGUUGCUGUUGAGUACUUAGAUCCCAGCCCUGAGGCACAAAAGAAGAAAUAUGCUUUUAAAUGUCAUCGUAUUAAAGAAUCCAGUGGUGUUGAAUUAAUAUAUCCUGUGAACUGUAUUGCUUUUCAUAAUGGCUACAAUACUUUUGCAACUGGAGGCUCUGAUGGUCAAGUCAAUGUAUGGGAUGGUUUUAACAAGAAACGACUUUGCCAAUUCCACCGUUAUCCUACACAUAUAUCUGCUUUGGCAUUUAGUCCUGAUGGCUCACUUAUUGCAGUUGCAUCAUCUUUUAUUUAUGAUUUCGAUCAGAAAGAUCCUCCUCCUGGUUCAAUUUCCAUAAAGACUGUCACAGAUCAAGAAACGAAACCUAAAUAAAUAACUGGACUUGUGUGGAAAAGAGACAAAAUGUUUUCCACAGAUCAUUUUCAUGAAUUUCAAUUUUGCAUCUCACAAUUCCUGUACAUAAAACUGUUCAGAAAUUUUUAAUACCAAUUUAACAAUUUUUAAUAUAUUAAGACUAUUUCAUGAGACUUUUGUGUUCAUAGUGUCGUUGUAAAAGAAUUUUUUUUUUUCUAUAAAUCCAAUAUUUAACACAUGUUUAUAAUUUUUCCAAAGGAAAAAAAAAAUAUUUCAGGUACAUUUAACUUGUUUUAAAGUAAUCUUCCUAUUAUAAUGAUUUAAAUUUUUUUUCAUAAUUUUCUUAUAUGUCUAACACUGAUAUUAAAAAAUUCCAUUGACAGUGAGGAAAUUAUCAAAAUAU